UCGGCAGUGACGCGCGGCCCUCACGUGACCAGGAGCCUAUGUCUGCCCAAGUCCCUCUCGUCCUGGUCCUUUUUGCCUGUCCAGACACCAUCUCCCUAUUACCCUUUGGUCGAGAGGGAAAGCAGAAGGAAGUAAGUUCCCUCGAUCCUCUGAAAUCGGUGUGAGUGUUGGUGCUGCCUUGUAAUCCCUGGGAACAGAUCCGGAUGGCUGAGUCCAGGCCUUUCGAAUAACUGUGCUUGAAGAAGAAAAAUCUCAACAUGGAAAAAUCAUGCAGAGAAAACGAAGAACAGCCACAGAACUCGCCAAAGGUCGAUGAGGAGCGGUCUCCGGAGGAGCAGCUUCCUGACAACCAGUGUUCCGAGGACGAGCAGUCCUCUGAGGAUUGCUCCUCUGAGGAGGAGUUCUUUCCCGAGGAACUCCUGCCUGAGCUCCUGCCUGAGAUGCUGCUGUGUGAGGAGCGCCCUCCUCGGGAGCGCCUCUCCCGGAAGGACCUGCUGGCGGAGCGCCCUCCCAUGGAGCAGCCUCCUUGUGGAGUGGGCAAACAUAAGCUCGAAGAGGGAAGUUUCAAAGAAAGGCUGGCCCGUUCUCGCCCGCAGUUUAGAGGGGACAUCCAUGGCAGAAAUUUAAGUAAUGAGGAGAUGAUACAGGCAGCAGAUGAAAUGGAAGAGAUGAAAAGAGUAAGAAAUAAACUCAUGAUAAUGCACUGGAAGGCAAAACGGAGCCGUCCUUAUCCUAUUUAAUGUGUUUGGCCUUUAGUGCAGUUUUGUCUCAUAACAGUAUUGCCACAUGGACUUUCUGUUUGCGUUCUCUUAUGGCUUUUUUUUCCCCGUCUUCAUUUUAUCUUUGUAUGCAGUUUAUUUUACAUGUCUGGCUUGUAACUGGCAUAAAAUUGGCUCUUUUGCCUCCUAAAAUCUGAUUCCCACCCAUUUGCAUGGAAAGAUGUACAUUAUAUAUUGUGAAGUGGAAAAAAAGCAAUUUUCAAAAGGUAUAUAUAGUAUCCCGUUUUUGUAAAAAAAAAAAAAAACGCGUAUAUUUAUAUAUUAAUAUGCAAAGAAAAAACUAAAAGUAUAUACUUAAAAGGCUUAACAAUGGCUAUCUAAGCAGUAUAGUAGGUGAUUUUUAUCUUUUUAAUUUUUGCUUUAUCUGAAAUUCCCAUUUUCCCAGAAAAAAAUUCUACUGUUG